AUGCUGGGAGUUGCAUUGAACCUCUUCAUUUUUUCCUGGAGGCUCUCUCUCCUCCAAGCCACAGGGGGCGCUCGCGAGCCAGUUCGGGACCGCGCGCCGAUUGGCUCCUCGGGAAACAGCGCAGUCGUCGGCUCCAAAGUGUCAGCGCCCGAGCUGCGUACUUUUCUCUACGUGGUUUCGGGAUUGCUUUCUGAUGACGGCUACCCAGGGUUUGGAACUUCUCUUGAUUUCUUUCUUAAAAGCAGUCCUUUUUUCAGUUCAAGAUUGAAGCUCAAGGAAUUCACUAUUUGGCUGAAAUAG